CCUUGCCCCCUUAUCAUCAAUCACCCACUCAGGGCCCUUCUUCCUUCUGUGGAGACUAAAUAGUCAAAUACAAUAAUUGCAUAACCCAAAGCCACUCAUCCAAUCUUCCACUUUCUGAUGAUGGAGCAGUCAUGGGAGAAUUUCCCUCUUCAUCAGAUGGAAAUCUUGGGUAGUAGUGAUGAGGAUGAGGAUGAGUUCUUAAGAGAUAUCCUGCUACCACCAGAUUUGUCUCCUGACCAUGAAUCUCAAUCUUUGGUUGUCCAGAAAAAGCUUCAACCGAGAACAUUCAUUUUGUCUUUCGAUAACUCCACGAUUUUACCUGCGAGUGCAACCUCAGAACGAGGUACACAUUCUAAUUCUAAAUCUAGUAAUAAUUCUUCUUUGUCCUCCAGAAGAAAAAGGAACCUGGAAAAAAAUCAUGUGAGCUUGGAACCAAAAUUACCAAGCACCACCACUCAAAGAGGAAAGAAGAAUAGAAGCGAUUCUCAGACAACGGAUCAUGUUAUGGCGGAGAGAAAACGGAGACAGGAUUUGACAGAGAAGUUCAUAGCACUUUCAGCUACUAUUCCUGGCUUGAAGAAGACGGACAAGACCUCAAUAGUUCACGGAGCUAUCGAUUAUGUGAAGCAACUGAAAGAGCGCGUGACAGAGUUAGAACAACAGGGAAAUGGGAGAGGCAAAGAAUCAAUGAUAGUUCUGAAGAAAAUGAAUCUGAGUGCAAAUCGUGAAGAUACUCCUACCACAUCAAGUGAAACAAAUAAUUCUGAGGAUUUGUGUAGACCCAGAGAAUUGUUCCCUGAUGUUAAAGCAAGGGUGUUGGAGAAUGAGGUGCUUAUUGUGAUCCAUUGUGAGAGGGAAAAUGGCAUUGAGCUCAAAAUAUUGGACUUACUUGAAAAUCUUCGUUUGUGUGUCACCGGAAGCAGUGUCUUGCCGUUUGGGAAUUCAACUCUCAGUAUUACUAUCAUUGCUCAGAUUGGUGACGCGUGCGAAAACACGACGGUGCCUGAUAUAGUGGACAACGUCAGACAAGCUCUGUUGAACGACGUCACCACCGAUCGUUUUCGUCCUCAACUAUCUUAUUAACAACUUGCUUUUUUUAACCCUUUGUGCUCAUGAGAAUGAAGUUGUUUGUAUGAUUAAAAGUGUUUGUUUCGUUUCAGUUUAUAAGUAUUUUCACUUAAUGAAUGUUUAUAGUCUCUUUCA